GGGUUUCUGCCGGCUUUUGCUUGGAAGGAGAACUUGGGAUCUUUCUGGGAACCCCCCGCCCCGGCUGGAUCGGCCGAGCAAGCCUGGAAAAUGGUAAAUGAUCAUUUGGAUCAAUUACAGGCUUUUAGCUGGCUUGUCUGUCAUAAUUCAUGAUUCUGGGCUGGGAAAAAGACCAACAGCCUACGUGCCAAAAAAGGGGCAGAGUUUGAUGGAGUUGGGUGGACUUUUCUAUGCCAUUUGCCUCCACACCUAGAGGAUAAGCACUUUUGCAGACAUUCGGUGCAGGGGAGAUCAUGUUUGACUGUAUGGAUGUUCUGUCAGUGAGUCCUGGGCAAAUCCUGGAUUUCUACACUGCGAGUCCGUCUUCCUGCAUGCUCCAGGAGAAAGCUCUCAAAGCAUGCUUCAGUGGAUUGACCCAAACCGAAUGGCAGCAUCGGCACACUGCUCAAUCAAUUGAAACACAGAGCACCAGCUCUGAGGAACUUGUCCCAAGCCCUCCGUCUCCACUUCCUCCCCCUCGAGUGUACAAACCCUGUUUCGUCUGCCAGGACAAGUCAUCAGGGUACCACUAUGGGGUCAGCGCCUGUGAGGGGUGUAAGGGGUUUUUCCGCAGAAGUAUUCAGAAGAACAUGAUUUAUACAUGUCACAGAGAUAAGAACUGUGUUAUUAAUAAAGUCACCCGGAAUCGAUGCCAGUACUGUCGACUUCAGAAGUGCUUUGAAGUGGGAAUGUCCAAAGAAUCUGUCAGGAAUGACAGAAACAAGAAAAAGAAGGAGCCUUCAAAACAAGAAUGCACAGAGAGCUAUGAGAUGACAGCGGAGCUGGACGACCUCACAGAGAAGAUCCGGAAAGCGCACCAGGAGACCUUCCCCUCGCUGUGCCAGCUGGGGAAGUACACCACGAAUUCCAGUGCUGACCAUCGUGUCCGACUAGACCUGGGCCUCUGGGACAAAUUCAGUGAACUGGCUACCAAGUGCAUUAUCAAGAUUGUGGAGUUUGCUAAACGUCUGCCAGGCUUCACCAGCUUGACCAUUGCAGACCAAAUCACCCUGCUGAAGGCCGCCUGCCUGGACAUCCUGAUUCUUAGAAUUUGUACCAGGUAUACCCCAGAACAAGACACCAUGACCUUUUCAGAUGGCCUUACCCUAAAUCGAACUCAGAUGCACAAUGCUGGAUUUGGUCCUCUGACUGACCUUGUGUUCACCUUUGCCAACCAGCUCCUGCCUUUGGAAAUGGAUGACACAGAAACAGGCCUUCUCAGUGCCAUCUGCUUAAUCUGUGGAGACCGCCAGGACCUUGAGGAACCAACAAAAGUAGAUAAGCUACAAGAACCAUUGCUGGAAGCACUAAAAAUUUAUAUCAGAAAAAGACGACCCAGCAAGCCUCACAUGUUUCCAAAGAUCUUAAUGAAAAUCACAGAUCUCCGUAGCAUCAGUGCUAAAGGUGCAGAACGUGUAAUUACCUUGAAAAUGGAAAUUCCUGGAUCAAUGCCACCUCUCAUUCAGGAAAUGCUGGAGAAUUCCGAAGGACAUGAACCCUUGACCCCAAGUUCAAGUGGGAACACAGCAGAGCACAGUCCCAGCAUCUCACCCAGCUCAGUGGAAAACAGUGGGGUCAGUCAGUCACCACUGGUGCAAUAAGACAUUUUCUAGCUACUUCAGACAUUCCUCAGUACCUUCAGUUCCGGGAUUUAAAAUGCAAGAAAAAACAUUUUUACUGCUGCUUAGUUUUUGGACUGAAAAUACAUUAAAAUUCAAGGAGGACCAAGACGUUUUCAUAUGUAUCUAUCUAUCUAUAUAUAUAUAGAUAUAUAUAGAUAUAUAUACUCUUCACUGUGUAACUUACCUAGAAAUACAAACUUUUCAAAUUCUAAAAAUCAGCCAUUUCAUGCAACCAGAAACUAGUUAAAAGCUUCUGUUUUCCUAUUUGAACAUUCAAGAUUGCAUGGCAAAGACCGAGUCAAAAUGAUUUACCCCAGUUAAGUUUCUGAAGACUUUGUACAUACAGAAGUAUGGCUCUGUUCUUUCUAUACUGUAUGUUUGGUGCUUUCCUUUUGUCUUGCAUACUCAAAAUAACCAAGACACCAAGGUUAUGAAAGACUACUUUACAUGUCCACCUAAGAAAGGUUCAAAAAAAUAAUUGCUGGGCCGGCCCCCGUGGCUCACUCAGGAGAGUGCGGCACUGGGAGCACCGAGGCCGUGGGUUCGGAUCCUAAAUAGGGAUGGCUGGUGCGCUCACUGGCUGAGCGUGGUGCAGACCACACCGUGCCGAGGGUUGUGAUCCCCUUACCAGUCAGAAAAAAAAAAAAAAAAAAAUUGCUUUCAUGGAAUAAUCAAGACAUCAAUCUAAUGAAACAGGACUAUCAUACAGUAUGACAAGACUAAAGAUAUUCUAAUUUAGUUAGUAUGGAAGCUUGUCCUUGCUCUUUUUGAUGCUCUCAAACUGCCUCUUUUAUUUCAUGUUGCCCAGUAAAAGUAUACAAAUUCACUACACUAGCAGAAGAGAAUUCUGUAUCAAUGUAACUGCCAGUUCAGUUAAUCAAAAGUCAUUAUUUGUUCAAUUGUUAAUGUCACUUUAAAUUAAAAGAAGUGGUUUAUUACUUGUUUAAUGACAUAACUACACAGAAAAAAAAAAAAAAUCAAAAAAGAUACUACAUUUUUACAAAAAUUAUAGCCUCCAAGGCAGAAACACUUCUCAGUGUUAAGUUUUUGUUUACCUGUUCACAAGCCAUUAGGGAAAUUUCAUGGGAUAAGUAGCAGGCUGGUCUACCACCUGGACCAUGUAACUAACUAUAGUGUUCUUCCUGAUUCAUGCCUGAUAUUGGGAUUAUUUUCCAGCCUUCUUGAUGCCAAGGGGCUAACAUCAACUCCCAAAGUCAAGGGCAUAGAAUCUGCCUCCUUUGACCUUGUUCAAUCAAUCACUAUGAAGCAGAGUGAAAGCUGUGGUAGAGUGGUUAACAGAUACAAGUGUCAGUUUCUUAGUUCUCAUUUAAGCACUAGUGGAAUUUUUUUUGUUUUUUUUUUUAUAUAUUAGCAAGUCUGUGAUGUACUUUCACUGGCUCUGUUUGUACAUUGAGAUUGUUUAACAAUGCUUUCUAUGUUCAUAUACUGUUUACCUUUUUCCAUGGAGUCUCCUGGCAAAGAAUAAAAUAUAUUUAUUUUAAA